AUGGCGGCCAAGAAGAAGCUAAAGAAAGAAAAGAAAGUUCUCGUUUUUGAUGAAAAUUCUCGCAGGUUUGUAGUUUGGUAUUGUGUUUUUCAAACAACCUAAGCUUACACCUGUCAAAACGUUCUUGGAAAAAGAUUUUAUUCAAAGCAGUCUGCAGCUGGUCUCGUUUUGAAAUUCAAGGUUAUGAUGGGUUUUUGAAAUUUCAGAGAAUAUCUUCUUGGAUUUCGCAAGAGGAAAAAUGAGCGGAGGAAAAAAGCCCAAGAAGACUUGACAGAGAAGGAAAAAGAGCGAAAGAGGGAGCUGAAAUUAGAGGUUGGUUUUACUAUAAAAUUAGGGAACAUCUUUUAAUUUAGGUCUUUCACUCACAGAAAAUAGUUUUAUCAAUUAAGUUGAUGAAAGAGAAAAUAGUGUUUGCUGUUACAAUAUUCUGUAAUGCUAAGGUGAAUUGAUUAUGAAUUGAAUUUAAAUGCUUUUGAACACUACAGCUUAGUGGUCAUAAGUCAGUGACUGCAUUGAUGAUGCCUCCAGGAUAAGUAUACCUGCCAACUCUCAUGCCUUAGGCGAGUCUCACGCUUUAGGCGUGAGUCUCACGCCUGCGGGUUGAAAACUUCGAUCUCACGCCGGCUCACGCUUGCGGGCCAAUUUCUCACGCCUGAUUGAAAAAUGUGAGUUGUUGCCGUCUUACUUGACACAAUUUCCAAAAAUAUGUUAACUCAGACCCAUGUAAGGAACGAAAACCAUAUGUAAAAUGAAUAAAUGAAAAUACCUUCCUCGCGAUCUCUGAUUUUUGAAGUGAAAAGCACUGAGAGCGAGCUCGCUUUCGGCAGACUUCGGACGUCUUUGGAAGACUUCGGACGUCUUCGGAAAACUUCAGACUUCUUUGGAAGACUUCGGACUUCUUCGGAAGACUUUGGACCUCUUCGGAAAUGUUCGGAAAUGAUUGUGUCGUCUUCAAAAAUCCCAGCACUCCCAGGAUAAAAAUCUCACGCUUAUAUCUCAGAAAAAGUUGGCAGGUAUACUUAUCCAGAAUGGCUUUAGAUAUGUAUAAUUUCAUUAAACUGUUCCUUUGUUUUUCUUUCAUUCCCUCUUACAGAAGAAGCGUAGUAUGGUGGAGCAAAUAGAAAAACGGAGGAAAGAAUUAGGUAAUUAACAAAGUAUCACCUACUCAAGAGUAUUGGCCAACCCAACAAUGACUGGAUAUAUAUAUUUUAGUAAAAUCAGUUCCAUCCUUUCUCUACAUCCUUGGAGUGACUGUUGGAAGAUUUGCAAUUUAAUGAUGCUUUAAAACAGGAAGUUUUUUAUAUAAUUUUGCACCUUGCACCUCGCACCUUGCACCUAUCCCAUAGUCACGGUGACCAUUGGGCAACACAGACCUAGCAACCCUUUCCCUUCAUUUGAGUUUGUUUUCAGCUUCUCUUAGGGCAUUGCAAAACUUCAACCCUGUCCACUCAGAGAUAUUAUUCUCCCAACACUUCUUUUUUUGGCCCCUUCUUCUCCCUCCCUGCACUGCUCCUUAAAAAAUUGUCUUGGCAAGCCUUGCUGAUCUCAAUACAUGCCCAAACCACUUUAACUUGCGUUUCUUUAGGGUGGUUAAGAUAUCAUCCUAGGGUGCAAUGGCUAGUGCCUCAUUCUGUCUCUGACUGCAUUGUUAGUGAUGUGGUCUCUGUAUGAGAUGUCCUCAUCUCAGUGGCCUACACUUUCCUCUGGAUGUCCGCUGUCAAUGUCCAGGUUUCGCAGGCGUACAUUUUCUGGUGUUAUAAAUUAUUUAUUAUUGAAAUAAUACAGGCGUAGGCUAUGUGUUUCGAAAACUUUUGAUGAGGGUUUUUUACAUACCAGUAUCUAAAUGACAACUGAAAUCUCUACCUUUUUAUAUACAGUUGUAACUGAUUAUGAUGCCUUAACCCUUUAAGCCCCAAUAUCCACAUACAAAUUCUCCAAACUGAUCUCUAUACAUUUCCUUUAAGAAUUAGUUAAGAGAAUUUGAUAAAAGAUAAAAGUAUUUUCUUUUAGGUGAUCAUUUUAUUAAUUCUCACAACCUCAUCUCUUGACAAUGUAUGGAUAUCGUUAGGAGAAAAUUGCUGUUGGUCACUAUUGGGACUUAAAGGGUUAAGAAGGUACCCCUUUUAGGUGAAGCCUCCCCGUAUUGACCAUUAUAGGGAGUACCCUCUCCUCCCUAGAAAAAAAAUGUUAAGUGUAUUGAUUUUAAUCCUAGAGGCUCUUGAAUCUGAUGAAUCAGAAGAUGAACAAGAUGUUUCUGGAGUCAAUACGACCUAUGAUCAUCCUGAUCAUGUUGUCACAGUAACUACAAUCAGUGACGUCAACUUAGACAGUGGUAAAUUUGCAUGUAUUGGACCAAACAAGGUGAUUAACAGCUGGUUCUCGUUUGGCACUCACCAUCUACAUUCCAGCUUGUAUUUUUGGAACAUGCAGUGAAUGAUUUCUUACUAUUUGUAGUGUUCUCCUAAAAAUUUGAUGUGCAAUGUGAAAAUCAUUAAAUAGAUAGCAAGUGAUUGGGUAGAAACGUGGCAAAGGUUUGGGUAAGGUAUGGGAAAGCUUCUGCCCCAUUUCAUUGUAGGAGUCUAUGAGCCUCCCCAGGCUAAAUUUUAAUUUGGCGGUCCUUGAAAAAUGCAUCUCAGGGCAUUUUAUUUUUGAGUAACCAGCAAAAUAAAUAUUAUUUUAGCCAUGAGGAUGACACCUUUAUUUACCCAAAUCAUAAAUUAUGCAUCAUAUGUUUGCUGUUGUCAAAUAACAUUUUGGGGAAAAAAAAAGAAAUACAAGGGACUUACUUUAUUUUCUUUAAGUAGCCGGCAGCUUGAUAUGGACUAGAAGGCGAUUUUCACCAGUCACCAGAGCUUCUAGAGAACCUUGUUUUUAUCAAGGUGUCUCUUCAUGAAUCCUACUUCUAGGGAUUUCGAUAUCCCUAUUAUUUUGAAACACUUUCUCUGGUAUUUGUUACCUAACUUAACACAACCUUUCUCUAGGGCUUGAUGGAGACAUCAACAUCAGAGGAAACUGCCUCACUACAAGAGAAACAGCUGAACAAUGAUAAAGUUAGAGAGACUGAAAAGUAAGCUAUUACACAAGUGUACAUUUUCUUAGUGUUUUAUCUAUAAUUGCAACUGAACGAAUACUAGGUGGAUAAUGGGUAGUUUGUUGGUGUUGCAGAUAGGUGCAAUCACCAAAUGACAGUGAACAAUACACACAUUACAACACAACAGCAAACCAACAAUGGUUUCCACAACACUAAGAAACACGAAGAUAAUGAGUUGCAUUGUUAACUGUUUCUGUUUAUGAACUUUCACUUUCAGAUGUACUUCAAAAAAGCAAAGAUUUCACAAGAAAUUUAAAAAGAGGAGAAGUAAGAAAAUUGAGAAAGAACAGAAAGGACAGUCUGGGAAAACUACUAGAAAGAGAAAACAAAUUCAUUCUCAUGGAAAAUCCAAGCGCUUUAAAAAGUCAUAA